CCUCACUUAGUUGUUAUUUGUACGGAUCUAUGAAUUAACAGGCCCGUUAAAUUGGCGCCAGAAGAAAUUCCGGGUUUAUUACAAAAAGGGUCUCGGGUCACUCAGAUUCGGAUCAUUCGCUUCGGUUGUCGAAAGAGAAUGAACCACGAGAAAACUCGAAACAAUUGAAAUUGAGCCGAAUUAGAAAUUUUGAUCUGCACAAAGGAACGAACAAGUUGCUGGGUAGAGUUUUGUUCGAUUUGGACCAAGUAGACCUGCCUCCAUCUUCAAAUUAAGGAUUUUUAUUUACUAAUUUUAGACUUGUGAUCUCUAAAUUUGUUGUUUCCGUCGCCGUCCAUGGGAGAUGGGUACUGGAACCAACAGAGACAGUAUCAGCCUCCAUUGUCGUCGACCCCUCACGGUGGUCCUCCUAAACGUCACCGUUCUGACUUCGAAGGUACACCAUAUGUGAUGCCUUCAGGCGGUAUGCACAGUUAUUUAUCACGGGAUGAGGAUCGAGGUAUCCCCCAUUCAGUAAAGGAUACCAGAACUAUUGGUUCAGCUUAUGACCAGUACCUGAAUAAUGUGCAAACGCCUUCUGUGCCAUCUGAAGAAGCUGGGCCAUUUAAUGGUGCUGGCAUGGGACGACAAGGAGGUAACAACAUGAUGCCUGGUCCGCCCAUGGGUGAGCUCAUGGCUGGGCGUGGUGGGAGUUUCCCUUCAGAUUUCAGGCCAAAUGGUCGGGCUAUUGGUUUUGGUCAGCUGGAUUAAGUUGGUAGGCCAGGCCGGGAACCACUUCCUCCGGAUGUAUCCAACACUCUAUAUGUUGAAGGACUUCCUUCUAAUUGCUCAAGAAGGGAAGUAUCACGUAUAUUUCGGCCUUUUGUGGGAUAUAGAGAAGUAAGACUUGUGACCAAAGAUUCAAAACAUAGGAGUGGAGAUCCUGUUGUUCUUUGUUUUGUUGAUUUUGAAAACCCUGCCUGUGCAGCAACUGCACUGAGCGCUUUGCAAGGCUAUCGAAUGGAUGAAGCCGAAUCUGAUUUCAAGAUUUUGCGGCUCCAAUUUUCCAGAAACCCAGGUCCAAGACCAGGACAACGUGGAGGAAGAAGGUGAUCAGUAAGUGACAUUUGAGGUACAUCGACCAAAUGAUAACUUAUUGUUUCUUGCUUCCAUCAUCCCUCCUGCAAGUAGAUUCUACAUGAACCCAAACACACUCAAUCAUAUGCUCAAGGAGUGGUCUCACUCAAAGCAACAGAGAUGGAUGGAGAGACACAAGAGUCCAGGAGAUGAGGUGAUUGAAACCUAAAGUCUUUCUCUCUCACUCAAUUUUAUUUUACCAUCUCCUGGAUAGAUUUUGUGCAUGAUCUUAUUAAUGCUAUCAAUCAAAGCCCGAAAAUUUAUUACAAUCUUUUGUUUUCUUUGUGGGGAUUAUACGGAAAUGGGACUUCAAUAGAAGUCUUAGGAAGCAGUAGUUGUAUUUGUUCAUUUAUAAUCUUAGGACAAAAUUCAAAAUAGUGGCUCAUAUUACUCUUCUUUAUCUAGUCAAAAUUUCAUCUCCA